AAUGGCACCCAAAUUGCUCACACUCCUCUUCCCUCUCCUCGUCGCAGGAAUGAUCGGAUUCUCCCGAUCCGCAAGAAUUACAAUCGUAAACAACUGUAAGGAGACGAUAUGGCCCGGAAUCACCGGCAUGAAUUCCACUGGCGACGGGUUCCCGCUCAAGCCGACCCAAUCCUCCGUCUUCUCCGCACCCGCCGAUUGGAACGGCCGCGUCUGGGCCCGAACCGCGUGCAAUUUCGACUCCCGCGGCAACGGCACGUGCCUCACUGGCGGGUGCGGCCACAGCCUCAAGUGCGCCGGGCCAGGCCAGCCCCCGGCUUCUAUUGCCGAAUUCGGCCUCGGAGGCGACCUCGACUAUUACGACGUUAGCCUCGUCGACGGCUUCAAUGUCCCCGUCGUGGUCCGGCCCAUCAAUGGCCGCGGCAAGUGUAGCCCCGUCGGGUGCUACGACGAUUUGAGGCCUAAUUGCCCCGGCGAGCUGGCGAUGAACUCGUCCGUCGACGGGAAGACGGUGAUCGCGUGCCGGAGCGCGUGCACUGUUUUCGAUACCGAUGAGUAUUGCUGCCGGGGAGCGUUCUCGACGCCGAUGGCGUGCGCGCCGACGAAUUAUUCGAGGAUUUUUAAGCAAGGCUGCCCUGCCGCUUAUAGCUUCGCGUACGAUGAUCCGACGAGUAUUAUUACGUGCUCGGCUACGGAUUACGUCGUCACGUUUUGCUCGUCACGGAAUGAAACGCAGUGCACGUACCAUGACAACAGGCUUGUUUGCGACCGCGGCGGCGCCGCCAGGGCGGCGGUGGCGGUGUGGGAGGUUGUUGUGACGGCGGUUAUUUGCUUAACGGCCAUUUUAUAGUUGGCGUUUUUUUGUUUUUCAGAAAUUUUGUUUAAUGCAACACAGUACAUGUCAUUUGUGUUGAGCGAAAUUUUCUUUUUUUUUUUUUUUUU